AUGCUCUCCUCACUUUCCAUUAGCUCUAAUCCCUCAGGCUCUCCUAGACUCGACUAUAUCCAAUCCACACAAAACGUUGGCAAGCGCUCUUGUGAUGAUCACAAUAGGAUAAUGGAACCCAUCAACUCCAACCAACGAUCCCUUUCAGACAACCCCUCCCGUUCCUCAGCUUAUGCAACUGUGUCCACGAGCCUUCCUCCCGUAACAUCCCACAUGUCUUGUCAUGCAAAAUGCGCUGCCUCAAGGUUCAAGCCCUAUCAGCUUGGGGGGCAUGUUCCUACUGCACUGGAGCACCAUUUCACGAUGAAAAAUCUCGUGAAAGGCAACGAGGCUGAUCUUAGUCAAAUAGAUGUCCAUCAGGGCAAGGAGAUAUUGAAGAAAGGCAUGAAGCAUAUGACAGAUGCAACCGUCCAGUCAGCUGUCAUCGCAAAACGAGCUGAUGCUGAAUCCAAGUGGUUGCAUGCUCUCGCAACAGCUUGGGAACUUGAGUCAACCGAGAAACAUGCAGUCCUUCUUCAAACAAUUAUGAGGGACAAUGCAGAACAGUAUAUUGCGAGCCUGACAGAGGCUUCCUUCUUCGAAAGGUUGUUGGUCCAACGUUCCGAGCAGCAGCUGGAGGAUGACGCAGAUUUCACUGUCGCCGCAUAUGCUCAUGAUUUUGCGGCACACCGUAUAGCAGACAUGCAGCUUGAUCAUCUGGAGGAGGUUAGCGCUGAGCGGACGUUGUUCCCCGAGCCUGAUGACCUGGACUCUGAAGAUGUCGAAGAUCGCUUGGCCCAAUGCUUGAAUAGCAUAUCCAAAGAGGUGGAGAAGCCUAUGUUCAUGGUUGCCUGA